CUAAUUAGAUUUGUGCUAUGUGAUGCGGGACUCGUAGCUUUUUCUAUUUCUCUCAAUGCCGAGAAAGACGGAGUGCUAAAGGACAUGGAUCUCGUGUCUUACCAAGAUUUUCUGGAAAGGCUCAAGCUUAUCAAGGCAGCAGUUGCAGAGACACGUCCAGAAACAUCAUCAUCCAACUUUCCUAGGACCAAUGAGUUGGGCUUUAUUGCUUUUCUUCAAAAAUAUAUGAUGGAACUGACUAGUUCUGAGGCUGGUUCUGUUGCUCUUGUAAACUAUCCAAUUCAAACAAUACAGGAAGAACUUAUCUUCUUACACCCUUUCUUGGAGAAAAUUGUGGAAUUGCGCAAUGAAGAUGAGGAGCUCCAAGCAUUUUGGGACCGUGUUGUAGAGGUGGCAUACAAGGCAGAGUUUCUUAUCGACUCCUUACUAGUUGGAGAUGUUCUUGAUUCUUCUUCCAUAUCAUUUGAUUCUAUUGUAGAAGAACUUAAGAUCAUCAAAGCUGUGGCCAUGAAGAUUUUUGAGAGCAAUAGACUUGAUCUCAAAGUUAAGGAGGUUACGAAGUCACUAAAUCACAUGCCACCACAGUCAAGCAAGCCAAUAAUCAGUGAUGUGGUGGUGGGAUUGGAGGAUGAGGCAACCUCAAUAAUCAAUCGACUCACAAGAGGAUCAUCCCAACUGCAAAUAAUUCCUAUUGUAGGUAUGCCAGGACUUGGUAAGACUACAUUAGCCAAAAAAGUUUACAAUGAUUCUUCAGUUAUGUCGCAUUUUUAUGCACGUGCUUGGUGUACUGUCUCUCAAACGUAUUACAAGAAAAAUCUGUUGCUUCAAAUUUUGACUUCUAUUCAUACCAAGCUUCAUGACAAAUUUGUUGAGAUGUCUGAAGAAGAUUUGGCUGCAGAAGUCAGAAGAGGUUUGCUAAGGACAAAAUAUCUCAUUGUUUUGGAUGAUAUAUGGGACACUGAAGCAUGGAACGCAUUGGAAGCAUCAUUUCCUGAUAACCGAAAUGGAAGUAGAGUGAUCAUGACAAGUCGAAAUCGUGAUCUUGCUGCUCCGAGAGGUGAACUUGAUGAAGGACCUCAUUUCCUUCGUCCACUCACUCCUGAUGAGAGUUGGGAUUUGCUAAGUAAAAGGUUAUUUCCUGGAAAAGACUUGCCUCCUCCAGAAUUAUGCGAACUCCGAAUGCAAAUCGUGGAAAUGUGUCAAGGACUACCACUUACCAUCGUCAUUCUUGCUGGAAUUCUAGCAAAUGAGGACCAAUAUAGUUGGAAAAAGGUAGUGGAAGGUUUAAACUCGAGCAUGCUCUCUAGUACAGAACAAUGCACUGCUGCAUUAGAGUUGAGUUACAACAAUUUACCAGAUUAUUUGAAGCCAUGCUUUCUAUACUUUGGAGCGUUUCCUGAAGAUCAUGAACACGCUACAGAGAGGUUGAAUUGGUUAUGGGUGGCUGAAGGAUUUGCACAAAAAACUCAGUUCAAGAGCGCAGAGGAUGUGGCAAAUGAUCACAUGAUGGCUCUUAUUAACAGAAGUUUAGUCAUGGUUUCCAAACAAAGAUCCAUUGGUGGAGUCAAAACCUGCCGUGUUCACGAUUUGCUUUAUGAGUUUUGUGUAAGAAAAGGCAGACAGGAAAAUUUUGUGCAGCUGGUGAGCGGGUAUGAUGAACUAUAUACUAUCAGUGUGCCACACAAUCUACGCCGCUUAUGCAUCAACUCUAAUCCAGGACACUUUUGCAAGUCCAGAGAACUGGAAUUACUUGUUCACUUGAGGUACCUGGCAGUUGUUGGAGAUCUGGAGUCAAUUGCAUCAUCAAUGUCCAAUCUCUUGAAUCUGGAAACUUUAAUUCUGGAAACGUUUGAUAGCGCUGUCUCACUACCAGAUACUAUAUGGAAUCUUAAGAAACUGAGGCACUUGGUAUUAAAAGGCGACUGCCUAGAUGAAUAUUGUGAGCUUCAGUUGCCCACCUACAAUCUUGAGAAUGCUGAACAUUUGUGUGAUUUGAAUACGUUGUCCAGAGUAAUGCUUCCUUCUUGGGAUACCAUUGACAAGAUGUUUAGAAAAUUUCCCAAUAUCCACAAGCUCAAAUGCAGUUUCUACGAGGCUAAUGAUUCUAGGGAUUCAGCUGACAAGGUUCUAGCGCUUGACUUCUUAAGUGGACUAGAAUCACUCACUCUCAAGUUCAUUAACCAUACAGGUGUUCUAUGCCAGUUUGAGUUUCAAUUUCCUUUGACAAUUAGAAAAUUGACUCUAUCCGGCUUUCUCUUCCCUUGGAGCAAAAUAUCAGAAAUUCAAAAUCUACCCAAUCUUGCAGUUCUCAAAUUACUCGAUGGGGCCUUUCAGGGAAAAAUAUGGAACAUGGAAGAAGAAGAGGGGUUCCCUAAAGUUAGUUUCUUGAAAAUUGCUUCCCUGGAUAUUGUCAAUUGGACAGCCUCCGAGUACAUGGACUGUUUUCCUAGUCUAAGGAAAUUAGUAUUGGAAGAUUGUCAGUUUUUGGAGGAGAUCCCUUCUGGUUUGGGGAGCUCAACUCUUGAAACAAUUGAGGCCUCUGAUUGUCCCUUCUCUGCAAGUUUUAUACAGCCACUUCAGGAGGAGCAAAUGGACAUGGGAAACACUGAUCUGAAGAUUCACAUUUCAUCCUCUAAAAUGAAUUACUGAUCUUCUCAAGCAUGUCUAGUUUGGGCAGCCAAUUUACUCAUUUUACAUGUUGUUGUUUUUCUUUUAAAUCCAUUGCUUUUGUACUACUGGUGCUUUUGUUGCAUCAGUCUAGCAUCAAGAUUAUUCAUGCCAUUUCAAUAUUCUCUAUUCUGUCUCAAGUCAGUGUUGGUAGGAUCACUUCCCAGUUUUUAUGUUGUUCUAAAGAUUUAGAUCAAUG